UCUGCAAAUUACAAACGUAAUGAUAAAUUAUAUAUACCACUCUCAAAAGGGAUAGGGUAUACAAAUAAAAUGAACGGUUUAUUUCAUGAUAAAAAUAAAAAUUUGAAAAACAAUACAAAUUACAUACAUUUGCAUAAAACUUCAUAUAAUAAAAUAAAAAUUGUCGUACAAAAUUAAACAUUUCUUGCGAUGGAAUUUAAAGGAAUUAAGGAAAAUAUUUCGUGCUUGCUACAGUCGGAGGAAUUAACCGAUUGUCGUUUUCUAGUUGGUGAUGCAUCACCUAAUCAAAAAAUAAUUUCAGCACAUAAGCUAGUCCUUGCAGUAGCUUCCCCUGUUUUUAAAACAAUGUUUUAUGGUGAUCUAGCAGAGAAAAAUGAUCCCAUACUUAUACCGGAUAUUCAGCCAGAUAUUUUUCAAACAAUGUUAAAAUUUAUUUAUUCGGACUACAUUGAUAUUAGUUCAAGUUAUAUGGCCGUUCAAUUGUGCUAUGCAGGUAAAAAAUAUCUAUUAUCGGAUAUGGUAAAACAUUGUUGCGAUUACAUGUUUUCAAGAUUAAAUUGGAAAAAUGCAUGCGAAGUCUAUGAAUUUGCAGUACUUUACGGCGAAGAUAAUUUGAAGCGUAAAAGUAUGGCUAUAAUAGCGGCUGAAGCUCAACGUAUUUUUUCUCUCAGUAAUUUUGCCAACAUUAAAAUGUCUACCUUAUUGGACAUUUUGGAUGAAGAUUGGUUGAAUAUUAAGUCUGAAUUGGAAUUAUAUCGCGUUUUAUUACGCUUUCUUCAUAACAAAGUUAGUGAUCUGGAUAAUAAUAAUAAUAAUCUAUGUAAAAGCGAUGAGACUUAUGCUGAUGUCGUAAUAAUGGAUGAAAACCUAUCUGAAGCUGAAAAGGAAAACAACAUUACUUUGUCAUCAUCAAUUACUGCGGUCACGGAAAAUGUCGAACAACUUGAGGAUAAAGAAAUUGUUGCAUUAGAAAAGGCAUUUAAAAAAAUUCGUUAUCUUUCAAUGACACCAGAAGAGUUUGCAGAAGGUCCUGCAAACUGUCGAUUCAUUAAAAUGCAUGAAGCUUUUUCGAUUUUUUUAAUAAUCUCGAGUACAUCCAAUACACUUUUACCUAUACCCGAAGGUUUUAGUAGUUGCCGUAGAAGUCAUUGUGAGAGAGAACCAACUAAACAGGAAGAAAUAUUUGUGGAAUAUAAUAGUCCAGUUGAAGAUCUUUUCUAAAAAUCAAUAUACACAAAAUUAUGAAUUGCGCUAAUAGGUAGUAAUUAUACUAUGAGAUGUAAACUAUUCGCCAAUUAAUUUCACAUGUGAAUAACAUAAAAUAAACUUAUCAAUAUGUAUAUCAAUUGAUAGUUUGAACCGAUCCAAGUUUUAGUUGCUAAUACAAUUUCUAUUAAU